AUGAAAUUUCUUAUUUUUUUCGUUGCCUUAUUAAUUGUCAAUGUUAACGCUAAAUUAACGUGUGAAGAACGUUUUGGUGUUUCCCAUUGUAAUGAAUGUCAAAAUGAAGUCUGGGAUUAUGGAAGAGAUCCUUUAGGAUGUGGUUUCUUCAGUAGCUUAUUUAGUGAAAUAGAAUAUAGUUCAUUUUUUUUAAAGUAUAAUUUAACUGUCUAUAAUGAAAUCGUUAAAAACUCAUGUUCAGCUGACUUCUCAUGCAGUUACGAUGAGGGUAAAAAAAUGUGGAAAAAAAUUGAGGAAAAAUGUGCCAAUGAAUUAACAAUUUACAUUGAUUGGAGCGCAAAUCCUUCGUUACUUGAUCAUACUGUUGUCUCCUCUUACGCUACUAUAUUUUCCUAUUAUUCUGCCGUACCUGAACAUAAUUCUAUAUGUCAUAAAACCUCGAGUGGUGAAUUAUGCGGUAUUGAAGUUAUUAAACCAUUAGUUGAUUGGUUAAAGCAAGAAAUUCCUGAAGGAAAUGUACAAUUUUCAUAUAAUCAACAAUACGUUUAUAAGAAAGAUGGAACUCGUAUUCAAGUUCCUAUGGAAUUGAUGGGUCAUUGUGGGGAAUGUGGCAAGAAUAUGAUUAAAGAAUAUAAAACUUGGAUGGAUAAAUUUGCAGUACCGGACGUGAUUUUAAAAAAUGUCUUUGAUAAUGAUUUAGAAGCACUUCAAGGUCGCUUUUCUUGCCCAUUAAUAUUCUAA